UCGAAACCCAACGACCAUCCUAAUAAAGCCACGUGAUCGAGACCGUCCUUCUCUCUUUUCAUCGUGGCAGUUGAAUGAUUCUAUAGUCAAGUAACAUCAACCUACAAUGGGAAAGGAAAAGACACACAUGAAUAUUGUGGUCAUUGGCCAUGUAGAUUCUGGUAAAUCUACUACCACUGGUCACCUUAUCUACAAAUGUGGUGGCAUUGACAAGAGAACUAUAGAGAAGUUUGAGAAGGAAGCUGCUGAGCUCGGGAAGGGCUCGUUCAAGUAUGCCUGGGUGUUGGACAAACUGAAGGCCGAGCGUGAACGUGGUAUUACCAUUGACAUCACCCUGUGGAAGUUUGAGACUCCAAAGUACUACGUCACUGUUAUUGAUGCUCCGGGACAUCGUGAUUUCAUUAAAAAUAUGAUUACUGGAACAUCCCAGGCUGAUUGUGCUGUUCUGAUUGUGGCUGCUGGCACUGGUGAAUUUGAAGCUGGAAUUUCCAAAAAUGGCCAGACCCGUGAACACGCCUUGUUGGCCUACACCCUGGGUGUGAAGCAGAUGAUUGUGGGAGUGAACAAGAUGGACACAACUGAACCUCCUUAUAGUGAGAAACGUUUUGAAGAAAUCCAGAAGGAAGUUAGUGCCUACAUUAAGAAGAUAGGCUACAAUCCUGCCACUGUUGCCUUUGUGCCAAUCUCUGGGUGGAAUGGUGACAAUAUGCUGGAAGCCAGCCCUAACACUCCAUGGUUUAAGGGGUUUAAAAUUGAACGCAAGGGUCAAACAACUGAAGGCAAGACUCUCUUGCAAGCUCUGGACUGUGCUGAACCUCCAUCUCGUCCCACUGACAAGCCUCUUCGUCUGCCUCUGCAGGAUGUCUACAAAAUUGGAGGUAUUGGUACUGUACCUGUUGGUAGAGUUGAAACUGGUGUCUUGAAACCUGGCACCGUGGUUACCUUUGCCCCUGCUAUGAUCACCACCGAAGUAAAGUCUGUUGAAAUGCACCACGAAUCUCUAAGUGAGGCUGUUCCAGGUGACAACGUUGGUUUUAACGUAAAAAAUGUUUCUGUGAAGGAACUUCGUCGUGGGUACGUAGCAGGAGAUAGUAAAAAUGAUCCUCCCCAGGCCACGGCUGAUUUUACUGCUCAAGUUAUCAUUCUCAACCAUCCUGGUCAGAUCACCAAUGGUUACGCUCCAGUUUUGGAUUGCCACACAGCCCAUAUUGCAUGCAAGUUCAAGGAGAUCAAGGAGAAAUGUGACAGACGUAGCGGAAAGAAACUUGAAGAUAAUCCCAAGUUCAUUAAGUCUGGUGAUGCAGCUAUCGUGGAGUUGGUUCCAACUAAGCCUAUGUGUGUGGAAUCAUUCACAAACUACCCUCCUCUGGGUCGCUUUGCUGUUCGUGACAUGAGACAGACCGUGGCUGUAGGUGUCAUUAAAGAGAAGAAUAACAAGGAAGUGAGUAGCGGAAAGGUUACCAAAGCUGCAGAAAAGGCUACCAAAAAGAAAUAACUAGAAGUACGGCGUGGCAAAGUAGCAAAACUGUGGACAGAAAAUGACCUGGUUACAACAUGUGGUUAUUUAAAAAUGAUAAAAAUAUAUAUCAUUAAACACUGGUUUAUUUUCUUCUAUAAGAUCAGCAGAAUCUUCAUGUUUCUCGUUAUUCUCUUGUUUUUACAUGUUUGGUUACUUUGCCAUAAGUUUCAUAGAAAAGAAUUCCGGAGGAAAGCUGGUCAACAACGGUUAUGUUGACCGUGUAUGACUUUAGCUGAACUUUAUUUUAAAUAAAGUCGGUUCAUGUUUAACAAUGAA